GCAGUCGUCUCCGCUGUCGUCCAAGAAUGGCCGCUGCUGCAGCAGGAAUAAACAAGCAGGGCGCCGUAGCGACGAUGGAGCCUUGUAUCCGACAUGGGAGGGGAGCCAGUGGAAACACCGUCAAGGUUGGAACAUUGUCACUCAAAUUCAGAGCAGGAUUAUAUUUUUUGGCGUUUUCUUUUUGGGGUUAGUUUGCUUUAUGGAUCGGCAGCAGGCUAGUUAGCUUUCGUGGCUGGUGAUUUUGGUGCGUUGGCGUUGGCAUCAGAUAGACAGACUGUUCUCUUACUAAAAUACAUGAGAGAUAUGUGCAAAACUAUGUGCAGAGGAAGAUCAUCGCUUGGCUGUAUGUUUGAUUGAAAAUGUUAGCUGUGUUAAUGUAAACUCAUCUCUGAUAUUAGAACCUGCAGGAUGCUAACAGAGCUGGCAGUCUGGUGUGCGUCUGCAGGAGCUGUGGAGCCAUUUACCAGACUGCAGCUGCUCUGCGUGAGACCAGAACUCACAUGAUCGAGCUCAGACAGUCUCUGCACACCCUUCAUGCAAGCUACAACCUGAUACUGUCUAAGGUGUUCAGGGUUUUUACUCAGCCUUAUGCAAAUAUUACAAGCAGAGGGAAAUCCGUGUGGAAAAAUAGGAGUCUGGGUGAGAGAAACUUCAAAUACAGAGGUUCAAAGGUAGCUCAGAGCUUUUUUAUUUCAUCUUAGUUUGAAGAAUUUUCUAAUGCUGGUUUGUCGAGUGAUAGUAACUUAAAAAUGCAGAUCAGCCUUGUUGGUUUAUUUUUGUAGUAUGGGACGCUAUGUUCAUAUGUUUGAGAUAUGAAAAAGGUUUAAACAAACUAGCUCCUUCCGCUUGUUAUUAGAGAUACAGAUUAAUUCUUCAGGUUGAUUCAUAUCUUUUGGAAACAACCAGUGUUCGUGCUGUCUGUGCUCAAAGCACUGCAGGCAGCUUUCAUAUUGUCAAGCAAUGUAAACAACAGCCCUCCUUUAGCAGACCACACACUGACAGAUUCAAUACCAGAGGAGACCACAUUCAUAAGGAUAAGCUGGACUGAUCAGGGGACCUCCUCGUUGUCCCAAAUGUGGGAGUUGUGGAUCUUUUUAUUUAUUUAUUGGGUUUUGAUGAUGUCUUUGGCUCCUCUGCUUUUUGCCUGUAUGUCAAAGCACUUUUUAAACAUUUGUUUUUAAAGGUGCUGUACAAAUUAAGGAUUUGUUAUCAUUUUUAUGUAUAAAACAUUAUUUCAACAGUUAUUGUUUGGUAUUAUAAGUUAUUCAGUCAGGUUUUUAUGCACUAGAACUUUUUCAGCCCAGUAUUUUCUUACCUAAUCCUUCUGCUUUCAGUCAGAUAAAAAGAGAGACUGGUGUUAGAUAUUCAUCAUCCCUUGAAGUGGUGGCUCCAACACUAUGGGAUAAUUUACCCGCUAAUAUUCAUACAGCUGUUUUUAUUGUCAUUUUUAAAAAGCUUUUAAAGACUCACUUAUUUAAACAGGCCUUUAUCUCUCCCUGUUGUUACUUAUGCUCUAAUUAUACCAUCGUUUGUCCGUCAUGUGUCUUUUUCCAGAUAUUAAUGUUGUGUAUUUCUCUUCAGGUUCUGGAGUGUGGUGUGUGUGAGGACGUGUUCUCCCUCCAAGGAGAUAAGGUCCCUCGGCUUCUGCUCUGCGGUCACACUGUGUGUCACGACUGUCUGACCCGGUUGCCCCUCCACGGCCGGGCGGUCCGCUGCCCCUUCGACAGACAGGUCACAGAGCUGGGUGAGUCACGGUUUCUUGUUACAGGGAAUGUGGGUUAGCUUUGCUCUGUAGAAACCUGCAGGAAAAAAACAAAUAUUAAAGGGAUAUUACGCCUUUUUAGAAGUGAUGCACAUGUCUGUAUCUGCCUGGCUAAAGUCUGGAAGAUCAGGUCAAACAGAAACAGAGCAGACAGGGGAUAUUUCAACACCUCUCACUCAGGGUCCUUCAGGUUUUUCUUGUUUCGGGUUCCCAUUUGGAAAUCAUCACAGAGUUCAUUGAAAGCCUGUCUAAUCUAUGCUGUGAGCAGAGAACUGGUCUCCAUCUUUUACGAUGUUUAUUAAAAUAAAAUUGACUUAUCAGAUGUUAUAAUCUGGCAUAAAAUUUUAUGUGUUUAAAGAAAGAGACAUCUGAGUUUCUUUUCAUGUUCAUAUGAUCAGAAAAUCAGCACAAGGUUCAACUUAAAAAAAGGCCUACUUCCACAAUAUCGUCCUCCACACUGAUAAUCCGCCUUAAAAAGCCUGUAUUGUUUUGGCUCUGGUGUGUACACAACACAUGCGUGGCGUAUUAAGCUGAUUUGGAGUGGAAAGAACAGCUAAAGCUUUAUUUUUCCAGAAACACCUCCCACCACUGCAGUGACGCUGUUAUUACUGAGGGUGAAACGCCUCUUUUUGUGUUAUUCUGGUUUUAAAAAAUCUCUGUUUUCACUCGUGUUUAGGGGACUCUGGUGUUUGGGGUCUAAAGAAGAACUUCGCUCUGCUGGAGCUCCUGGAGCGGCUCCAGAAUGGAGCUUCGAACCAGUCGGGGAUGGCGGAGGACGCUCUGAAAGGCAUGGGAGAAGUAAGACAAGUCUCCUUUUCUUCUUCAGCGUCUUGUUGAUUUAUACUCUUUCGCCGCUCACUCACUUCCCCUCUCCUCUGUCAGUGUAUAAUUCGCUGUGACGAGGAUGAGAGCCACACGGCCUCCAUGUACUGCACCGUGUGUGCCACCCAUCUGUGCGCCGAGUGCUCCCAGCUCACCCACUCCACCCGCACGCUGGCCAAACACCGCCGGGUGCCGCUGGCCGACAAGCCUCACGAGAAGACUCUCUGCCCGCAGCACCAGGUCCACGCCAUCGAGUUUGUGUGCUUGGAGGAGCCGUGCCAGUCCGGGCCUCUCAUGUGCUGCGUGUGCAAGGAGUACGGCAAGCACCAAGGACACAAGGUGGGCAGGAAAGGAAACAUUCAGACCAAUUGUAACACUAUCAGCUAAACACUAACGAGAUAAGGUGGUAACAAACCAGCAGCUCUCCAGUCCAGUGAUGUUAAAAUAUGUUUUUUGUCGUUAGAGUUUGGUGGCUCUUAAGAGAGUGAUAUAAACGUCUGUUUCAAGUUCAGACUCCUCAGAUUCCUGUCAGUGUCAGCUCUCAGUGAAAACUCUUUGGUUGGUGAAUUUGCCCACAGGGAUGAUGUUCAGAGCAGUCAGAGCUUGUUUCAGCCGCUGAAUUCAGAAAUCUACAGGAGACGCCCCAGAAUAAUUUUUCAUCAAUAACACAUGUCCAAAUUAACCAACUGCUCUCUUCCCAGCAUGCCGUCCUGGAGACUGAAGCCAAUCAGAUCCGUGCGUCCAUUUUGGACAUGGCCCACUGCAUCCGCACCUUCACAGACGAGGUGUCCGAGUACUCCAGGAAGCUGGUGGGCAUCGUGCAGCAGAUAGAGGGCGGAGAGCAGAUCGUGGAGGACGGCGUCGGCAUGGCACACACUGAACAUGUACGAUCUGUUUCUCUGUUUCUCGGUGGAGAAAUCUUUCGAUCUUUUCUUUAUUCAGUAUCUUUAUAACUCUGUGUCUCCCAUCAGGUCCCCGGCACGGCGGAGAGCGCUCGCUCUUGUGUCCGGGCGUACUUCGCAGACCUCCACGAGACUCUGUGUCGGCAGGAGGAGAUGGCGCUGAGCGUGGUGGACGCUCACGUCAGGGAGAGGCUGAUCUGGCUGAGGCAGCAGCAGGAGGACAUGACCAUCCUGCUGUCUCAGGUGUCCACAGCCUGCCUACACUGCGAGAAAACACUCCAGCAGGUACGAAACAAGACAAGUCUGAUGGCUUUAUAUCAAAACCUGGAUCUGUCAAGUUUUGCUGGAUCACCCCAGGGGGUAAACAUUUUGUGUUAGUUUAACGACAGAAAAGACAAACCAGGAGCGUAUAUUUAACCUUUGAAUGAUCACAGCAGUAUGUGCAAUUCAGACACGAGGAAGAAAAAGUGUUCACUACAGUUGAACUGAAGUUGCUCCUCUGUUCUUGCAGGAUGACUGCAGAGUUGUUCUGGCCAAGCAGGAGAUCAACUGUUUACUGGAGACUCUUCAGAAACAACAGCAUCAGUUCACAGAGCUGGCAGACCACAUCCAGCUGGACGCAGGCAUCCCCGUCACCUUCACAAAGGUACACCAUGUUCCCGCUCUCACAUGAGUCAGCUUGUCACUGCUUGUAAAGGUUCAGUUUGUGUCAGCUCAGGGGGAAUGUUAUGUUGUUGUUUUACAGGACAACCGGGUCCAUAUUGGUCCAAAGAUGGAGAUUCGCGUCGUAACUCUGGGGCUGGACGGAGCAGGAAAAACCACUAUCCUCUUUAAGCUGAAACAAGAUGAGUUCAUGCAGCCGAUCCCCACCAUAGGUAAACAGGUUCAGGGUGAAAUCAGGUCCCUCAGCCACAAGUAAACGAACAUAUUUGACUGAAAUCUGUUUCUGUUCAAGGCUUCAAUGUGGAGACGGUGGAAUAUAAGAACUUGAAAUUCACCAUCUGGGAUGUUGGAGGCAAACAUAAGCUGAGGCCUCUCUGGAAACACUACUAUCUGAACACCCAAGGUAUGGUUGGUGCUCUGCAGACCCUGAAUAGAUUCCCCCAUGUUAUUCUGAGGUCAGACUGACGUGUGCAAAGGUAUUCAAAACCAAAAUCAUGUCGACCCCAUAAUCUCCCUUUGCACAGAAUGUCACUGCGAGCUUUCUGUGAGCUCAGCACACGUCCCUGUGAUGUUUGAGUAUCAAAUCUAUCUGCAGAGUCAGUGUGCAGAAAAAAGCCAGAGGGCUGCAAAACCCUGUCAAUCUGAUCCUGAUCAGAUUGGAGCUUCUGGUCCAGCCUGAGUGCAGCUGAGCUCACUUACAUAAAGAAAUACAAUAGCAGCUCUGUGCAAACAGAGGCAGGAAAUCACGUGUGUCAGUAACAACGUUCUAAUUACAAAACUCACAAAACAGAGUAGCAAUGGUUCGCUCAUCAUUUAAACUUCAUAUUUACUUAAACAAACUAAAGACAGGCAUGUUUGAACCAAUGAAUGAAUGAAUAAAUGAGUGACAGGCCGUAACAAGUUUUGACUCUGGCUCUGUGUGUGCAGCGGUGGUGUUCGUGAUCGACAGCUGCCACAGGGACAGACUGAUGGAGGCUCACAGCGAGCUUGCCAAACUACUGACCGAGAAGGAGCUGCGAGACGCUCUGCUGCUCAUCUUUGCAAACAAACAGGUACCAGAGUCUGUCCCUGAGUUUUCUCUGUGGGUUCUUCUCGAUUAUCUGAAUUCUCGUCUGGAACCGAGCGGAUCAUCUGUUUGUGUGUCUGCAGGACGUUCCCGGCGCCGUGUCUGUGGAGGAGAUGACGGAGCUGCUGAGUCUACACAAGCUGUGCUGUGGGAGGAGCUGGCACAUUCAGGGCUGUGACGCUCGCAGUGGGAUGGGGCUCCACGAGGGGCUGGACUGGCUCUCCAGGCAGCUGGUGGCGGCCGGCGUCCUGGACGUGGCCUAAACCUCACCCUCCUCUUCAUCACUACUCCACCCUACUGACUGUCCCCUCAACGACUGAACCCAAACAUUAACUCUAAAGGCUCUAAGCCUGCGCUCCUCAUCUUUCCUUCUUUGUGCUCGGCUGUGGGCAAAGAAAACAAAGAUGUAAAUACUUUCUCUCACUUUACUGAGUCAGAAGAUGGAGUAGACUAAACCGUCUCGCAGUAGGACCCCACCUCAGCAGCCAAAAAAAUGAGAUGACGGGAAAUUUAAGGUGUUUUCAAACCUGCACCAUUUUUUUUUCUACAUGUUAUCGGGGUGAAAUGACUGAAAGGUACGAAAGAUUCGAAACUGCCUGAGAUGUUUCAUCAAAGGAGGUCCACUGAAAGCUCGGGUCUUUGCUACUGACGGGCUCAGAUUGUUCUUCUUAGUGUCUUAAAACAUGAUGGAAAAGACCCGGCAGAGAGGGAGGGAGGUUUUCUGCUGAAGAGUAAGAUUUAGAGAUUGUGUAAGAGAGCGAGCGAAAGUGAGCAGGAGGUCGUGCAAAUCACAAUCCUACCAAGGUAAGGGGUCAAAAUAACAGAUUGCUGCUCAAAACAAACCAAUCUGACCUGAAACUCCAACGACUGAGAGAAGGGCUCAUUAUGGGGUGCUCGAUUUACACAUGGACACGAGCUGAGCAGAGAGAGGGAGAUCACAAUAAAAGAGAUAUUUCCCACAACCUGAUGUUACUUAGGAACUAAUAGAGCUUAUCUCUAGCCAACAUGUUAACAAAACAAAAGUUCACUAUAUGCUCAAACAAAGAGCUGUGCAAGUUACUUCUUUAGCCAAAUAACUGUCUGAUGAACUUCUAAAAUUAAAGAGUAGUGUGAAAACAAAAGAAGGCGUCCCAUAGGGACCACGUCAGAGUGAAAACACCCCUCAGAUGAUCGAUUGUCUGCGUAUUUCUCACUGAGAUCCAGACAAGACUCAAAAGAAAUACUGACUGAGAUGAAGAUCUCAUUUCAGUGGUCUGAAUGAUCAGAUAAUUGAGCAUGCACGUCAAACUAAACCAAACUUCCCCCGGGCCAUCGUGCAGCCAGUUUACAGUCUGCUGUGGAAGAGCAAGCAAGAUCCAAACCAUAACUGCACAUCAUUUAAAUUACCCAGCUACUAAUCAAAGACAUGAGCAGAUAUAUGAAUUCAAAGAGGAUUUAUCAGUUAAAAGAGGAUUCAUUAACUUUACUAAUUCUACCUGAACAAGUAACAUAGAACUGAAACUGUUGAAAUCAACACCUCAGAGAUUAAACCUCCACCUCUGCUGUGACAUGGAUUGCAGGACAGGAUGUCAAGAUUAGUGUCCUGAGUCUGCUCUCACAUCUGUGUCCAACAAUUGUAAACAUAUCCUAAAUUCAGAAACCAGAAUAAGCAUUCAUUCCAGUUUAGAGAAAACUGGAAGCGUAUCUACUGUGUACUGUGGUAAACACAUUUCUGGACACGUAUGAUGCAGCAGGUCACAUUAGAAAGAACCCAAGAAUCAUUACAAACAGAACUGAGGCUGUGGUGACUUUCAACCAGAUUCUUGGCCCCCAUCUGCUCGCCUUCACAACAAAUGGACUAAGUGAAGUUUAUUCUCAGAGUUUCAUGAGGAACUCAGCAGAUAAACAACAUUUAUCUGACUAUAAAAUAGUCAUUUAAAUUAGACUUUUAAGGUUAUAUAAUGUAGUUUGUGUUGUUAAACAGAAACUUCACAAGCUCCAGUUCAAGUAUCAGAUGACGGGUCUUUUCUGUGAUGAAGUUCGACAACAAUCUGAGUCAGUGGCAAAGACGAGAUUAUUAUAAAGUGGACCAGAUCACACUGAGGUGAAAUCAUUCGAAGAUGAUUUUACUGACCGACGAGUUACUCUCUCAUUUUUUUAGGCAGCUUUCUUCACUUUUCUCCUUGUUUUCUGAUUGCUAAGGUCAAGAAAUGUUAAAAACGCUCCUUGUGUCCUCCUGACAGAGUGGACUGUUUCUGUCUUUGACUCGAUUCAUCACACAGUAACGUAAACUGGGUAGUUUUAACGGUUAGUAUAGCAGACUCAUAAAAAAAACAACAUUAAUCUUUCAUGCUAAAUUCAGCAAACCUGCAGGUGUGUGAGACGGUCAGGAAAGUUCUCUUUAGUUUUAUUUUGUGGUUUCAAACAGGUGGUCAAAUGUUCAGAUUUUGCCUUGACAUCUAAUGUAAGCAAUAGCUGUUGUUGUCCCACUGCGUCUUUAAGUUACGUUUGUUUUUGUUUUUUUAAGUGUAUAAACUAUCUUAUUUAAAGCCACAGCUGGUCUUGAAGUGGCGCUCAGUGUAGUUUUCAGUUUGAAUGUAGUGUUUUCUGUUACAGAAGCGCUUACUGAUCUUAUUUAUGAGUGUGAACUUUGACACGAGGCUGCAGGGGGAGAGACUCCGAGUCUUUUUACGCACCGAUUCUGCCUCCGUUUUGUGGAGUUCGUCGCACGCAGAAUUUGUGGAUCGCACUCGUUUGCUGCCUCACUACGACUUUUUAUGGGAAGCAAAUUAAUCUGCUGUUUCUUAGUGGACUCUUGAGUAUUAAUCUCACUGCGAAACAAACUGUCUUGUGAAUCUAUUUAAACAUCUAACAGGUCCUGUUUGUCCGGUGUGCGUGAGACUGUGCACCUUUAAUCUACAGCCUUCAGUAAUAAUGUGAAACGUAGUGAAAUAUUCAACCUAACACUGACACACGCGUUAUGUAAUUAUUAAGGAACCAUUGUUGGACUUUGAUUUCAUCUUUAUUCAUUGCUAUGUAAUGUUAACUAUUUGUAUCUAUGUAUAAAAGUAAAAAAAAGCUGCACGUGUGAAAAGCCUUUUCACGUAGUUCGUGUAUCAUUUCCAUUUGUUUUGUUUUUUUGAAAUGUUGAAGCACAAUGCGCAUCCAAACCUUUGUUACCAGUCGACUUGAUGAUGGCUUUUGUAAAUUAUUCAUAAUGUGAUGCUAUAAAAUAAACUAAUUGAACUUGUUGG